AUGAGUUCGGUAUCAUCAGGCUUGCAGCAACCUCCGUCUUCAUCAUCAUCUUCGAGCGUUACCGGCGCAACAGGUCGUCUUCAACCGUCGUCUCCUGCUUCCGUAUCUCCGCCCGUCAGCAUGGCCGUGACGUCAUCGUCCGCCGCCCCUGGGGCCAGCCCUCCGGCAGGGGCAGCCGCCGCGGCCCCUCAGCGAUGUUGCGAUACCGGCCGGCCCCUGUUUACCGAUCCCCUGACGGGGCAAACCGUGUGCUCGUGCCAAUACGAACUGUUAGGGUACCAGAGGCUCGCAGGUGCAGCAGGAGUGCCCGCUCUUCCGGCUCUGUCGAUGUACAGCGCCCCUUAUCCCGAAGGAAUGGCGGCGUAUUUUCCUGCCCUAGGAGCUGACCAACCACAUUUCUAUACUUCGGCGAUAGCAGAUACCAGAAACCAGAUACUAGACACCAGAUACCAGACACCAGAUACCAGAUACCAGACACCAGAUACCAGAUACCAGAUGCCAGACACCAGACAUCAUACCAGACAUCAGAUACCAGACACCAGACACCAGAUACCAGACACCAGACACCAGAAACCAGAUACCAGAUACCAGAUAUCAGAUACCAGAUACCAGACACCAGAUACCAGACACCAGAUACAGAUACCAGAUACCAGACACCAGAAACGAGAUACGAGAUACCAGAUACCAGAUACCAGACACCAGAUACCAGAUACCAAACACCAGAUACCAGAUACCAGCACCAGAUACCAGACACCAGAUACCAGACACCAGAUACCAGACACCAGAUACCACACCAGAUACCAGAUACCAGACACCAGACACCAGAUACCAGACAUAGAUACCAGACACCAGAUACCAGAUACCAAACAUCAGAUACCAAUACCAGAUACCAGAUACCAGACAUCAGAUACCAGACACCAGAACCAGAUACCAGAUACGAGAUACCAGAUACCAGAUACCAGACACCAGACACCAGAUACCAGAUACCAAACACCAGAUACAGAUACCAGAUACCAGAUACCAAUACGAGAUACCAGAUACCAGACACCAGAUACCAGACACCAGAUACCAGAUACCAGACACCAGAUACCAGACACCAGAUACGAGAUACCAGAUACCAGAUACCAGACACCAGAUACCAGAUACCAGACAGCAGAUACCAGAUACCAGACACCAGACACCAGAUACCAAAUACGAGAUACCAGAUACCAGACACCAGACAAGAUACCAGACACCAGAACCAGAUACCAGACACCAGACACCCGAUACCAGAUCACAUACCAGACACCAGACACCAGAUACCAGAUACCAGACACAGAUACCAGACACCAGAAACCAGAAACCAGAUACCAGAUACCAGAUACCAGACACCAGAUACCAGAUACCAGAUACCUGAUACCAGACACCUACCGGAUACCAGAUACCAGAUACCAGACACCAGACACCAGAUACCAAAUACCAGAUACCUGA